AUGGCCGGAAAACGUGUGAUGGAUCCAACAAGUCAACCUGUCAACGAUGAUCCGCCUGGUUUGCGUUUAUCGGAUACUUUUGAUGAGCAACAUACUAGUUUUGGAUUGUUUAAAGCCUAUAAAGAAGGCCAGUUGGAUUUAAAUAUUUUAAGCACACAAGAUGCAAUUUCAGCGGCAUCAACAACUGCAGAGGUUGGCUCAGGGACGUCGUCAUCAUCAGCAAUAAGAACAUCGAAUGAUAAUAGUCAACAGAGUGAGAUUUCUAAACAGCAUUCCUUACCAAAAUCUUGGUGUAUGUCUUCCGAAACGAGUCAAUCAGGGUCACCUAAUAAAAAGUUGACUUUAGGUUUAUUUUUCAAACCUAAGCCAACAGGUGAUAUAAUCAGUUCGACUAGUGAGUCACAAACUCCAUCCGUCGUACGCGUUCCUGCUGCAACUGUUGCUUCGAUAGAGGAAAAUAAAAGCGGUCAAGCGGGAACGCUUUUAUCACGUGGAAAUGCUAUUCUUGUCAAUCAGCGUCAGAGAGGCAAUGCUGUCUUGAAGCAGAUACGUAAUGUUGCAUGGGAAUAUGCAGAUGUUGAACCUGAUUUUGUUGUAGGACGAAAUAACUGCGUUUACUUCUUAAGCCUGCGUUAUCACAACUUAAAUUCUGAAUAUAUUUUUGAACGAUUACGUCAAACGAAACAACGUUAUCAAUUAUCGGUGCUUUUGGUUCAAGUGGAUGUACCAGAUCCAUACUACCCUUUAAAAGAGCUUUGUAAAAUUUGCUGGACGGAACGACUAACCCUGAUGUUAGCCUGGUCAGUAGAAGAAGCAGCAAGGUAUUUAGAAGCUUAUAAAGCCUUAGAAAAUAAACCACCUGAUAGCCUAAUGGCUGAAUCAAACAACCAAAGUGAUUAUGCUGUACAAUUCACAGACUUCUUAACAUCUGUUCGUCGGAUAACAAAAGCUGACGCGGUAUCUGCAAUGACGAAAUUCGAUGUAGGUUUGUUGACAUUUUUUCUGAAGGUUCCUUUUUUAUCAUAUGCUUGCCUAUCAAAUAGGUGUUAGGCCACGCGCCUGUAGUCUUAUGUCAGUAUCAGAAACUUCGCUUUUUUUUUCUUCAAUAUAUAAUUUUUCAGACAGUUGCUGAUAUAAUACGCGCUGAUCAAUCAACACUAGAGAAAUGUCCUGGCUUUGGCCAAUUGAAAGCCCGAAAACUUUUUGAAAUAUUUCGAAUGCCAUUCAUAAAGGAAGAUCGUUAAUACAAUGCAGUGAAGUGAUUCACAGGAAAUUCCUCGUGGAAUGUCAGAAAAAAAGAAGUGGGACUCUUGAAGUGCAUUUGUCCAUACUUCCUGUUCUAUAAUUUACAGAGCAAUUAAUAAAUGCGUCAACUAUUUUUGUAGUAAAAGUUGUCCUUUUUUAAUGCUGUACAAAGAUUCUAGUCGAUUUCUAAAGAAACUUGUGAACAACAAGUUAACUUCCCUUUGGCUGCAAUAUGUGAACAACUUUCACUGUCGAUAAAAGGUACUACUUGAAAUAUUCCUGUGAUCAUCUGGGUGUUGACUUUGAUCACUGCAUCUAGUAACAAAAGAUUCACAUAAGAGACACAGCAUCAACUGCUAUCGAAUGCAUUAGGCUGUUAGCAAUCCCUGUUUGUGAAACUUGAUGAUGAUGCUUUGUCAGUGUCGAAAAUUCGUUAGGCAGAUAAUAAAUAAUUUAUUACCGUAGAACAUUUCCAGUAAGUCGAGUAAUUCAGCCACAACUUU